AUGAGAUUCACUACUCUACUCGUCGUUGCCUUCGCAGCUAUUGCUUUCGCAAAGCCCCAUCCCAGAAAAGAUUCCAGCAGUGAGGAAGAUCGUAAACACAAGGGCCCCUACAAACAUCACGGUCACCAUCAUCAUCGACGUACAAUUCGUUCACGUCCAACUACUCCACAGAGCGUCACUACAUCUGCAAUGCCGGAAGAAGGCACAGAACUUCCUGCUAUCACUACAAUAGCUGCUGACAAAGUCGUGACUGAUACGCCAGUUGUACCAAGUACCAAAGAAAGCAUAAUUACACCAGCGGAACCUCAGCCAAGUACAGAUCUUCCCGAUAUUACUAGUUCACCUGCUGAUGUAGCCGUGAGUGACGCUGUUACUGCUAGAGUUACCGCAGGGCAAAUGGCAAUCACCAUUGGAGAUUUCGACAUUCCAAUCGAAGGUGUUUUACCCUAG